GUGGAUUUGCAAAUCGAAUGGCUGACACUUGACUUCCUUUUCCGAACCAGCGGCGCUUGCGCGAAGUUUUGCCCCGGAAAAAGUUUGCUAUAAUAUCUGAAAGAAAUGGAAUAUCAAGGUGUUAACCCAAAAGGAAUCUAUUACAUUCAGCUCAAUCCGAACGAAUUGGUGUACGGAAAUGGGAAUGCACAAUACCAGCCAUCCGGAGCCGGUAAUCCGCAACCGGUGUACGGGAAUUCGGUCUCUCCACCGACCCCCCCUUGCCCGUAUCCAGGGCACAGCUCUUCGUACUCUCCACCAAACCCCCGUAAGGCGCAACCGGGGUAUACCAAUUCGUAUUUGCCACCAAUCAACCAAUCGAACACCAUAGGGAAUCCCGCACCGAGCUAUCAGCUUUAUUAUUCAUCGAACUCCCCGCCGAGCGCCACACCGAAAUAUCAGCCCUACUACUCCUCGAACUCCAUGCCAAACUCCCCACCUAACUCUCUGUCGGGACCUCAACUGUACGAUUCUUCGCCUUCCACGGCGAAUCGCUCCGUCCCACCGUACUCUUCAGACCUACGCAAUAUCGAAGAAUUUGGAAAUGCGCAGGGCUUCUUCCACCGCGGCUGUUGGUACAAUUAUGGGUUGCCUCUGCCCACGUCCACUGCUCCUGAGCAGGACCAGGUCCAGGUCCCUCAACAGCCACAGUCCUAUGUGGUUCCCAUGCAACCGCAGCAUUCUACGCAGCAGGCACCGCUAUUACCAACACCCCAAGUAAAUCAAGAAGCUCAGAUUCAGUACGUAGGGGAGCGGGCACCCCUAUUGCCAACACCCCAAGUGAAUCAAGAAGCUCAGAUUCAAUACGUAGGGGAGCGGGCACCCCUAUUGCCAACACCUAGAUUUGCCGAGCAAGUCCAGAUAUAUGAGAUAAGGGAGCAAGCACCCCCACUGCCAGCCGCAGCCGACCAACGUGCACAGGUUUUUCAGAUUGGGGAACACAUACCGCCGCCGCAUCCUCAACCUAGGGCCCAGGAUCCACCACUAACGGGUGUCUACAUGGUUACAGGUCAAGCAUCUCUUCAGCCUGGUUACCACUAUCAGCAACCUCCGCAGCCCCGGCAUGUUCCUCUGACCCAGCAGGUUCCUCAGACCCAGCAGGUUCCUCUGACCCAGCAGGUUCCUCUGAUCCAUGGUUAUGCGUACGCACCAACUGCUACACCGAAGGACCAAGCUGAAGUCCUAGCAACUCCACAUCUGGGAUAUAAGAAACCUCUACAAUAUCAGCAAGUUCCGCCUGCUCCGCCACCUCAGCAUAUUCCGCCACCUCAGCGUAUUCCACCGCCCCAGCAGGUACCUCGCUCCCAUGUUUCGACCUAUGCGUCAACUGCUCCACCAAAGGUCCAAGCCGAAGCUCUGCCAACUCCACACCAGGUGGAGAUCGUCUUGGGGCCCUCAGCUACGGUCACCAAAAUGGAAGACAGAAUAAUAAUUGACUUGCGACCUUUGUGUACUCGUGAUCCAGUGCCAGAGAAUCAUAAUCCUGUGAAAGAAUCGCAACAGAUAUUUGAAGUUAUUCAAGAUUAUCCACAUGUCAACAGUUUUGCGCCUCCGCCGUCAGGAGCAAGGCAUCCAGUACCUUCAUGGAAUAAAUCAAAUUAUGUAAAUCGGAAUAUUCCAAUGAAUGAAGCAGUGCAAGUGCCGAGUGUAGACCGCAUACCACCUACAAUUAUUUAUCAUCCUGAUAUGGUUCAGGAUCCCAUUUCCUACCUACAACCGGAAAGCGCAUCAGUAACUAGAGCUUCGAUUUUGGUUCCUAACCCUGAUUACAAUUGUCCUGCUCAGGCUGUCGAUAUGAAGGUGAUCCAGCCAGAAAAUAAUUUAAGCCAGGCUUCCAACUUGAUCAUGGUACAACAGGAAAUUGUGGAACGCAUACAACCUGAGAUUGUUAAUCAUCCUGUUAUGGUUCCGUAUCCCAAUUUGACCAUAUUACCGGAAACCGUCCCACCAACUAAAGCUACUGAUUUGGUUCUUAAACCGGAUCGUAAUUCUUCUGUUACGGCUUUCGGUUUGGCGGUGAUCCAGGAAGAAAAUGAGCCAAGUCAGGCUCCCGACAUGGUCGUGGUAAAACAGAAAACUGUAGAACGUUUACAACCUGCGAUUCAACACCAACCAAAUAUUAAGGUUCAGGAUCCCAAAUCGACCCUACAAACGGAAACCGUCCUACCAACUAAAGCUUCUGAUUUGGUUCCUAACCCAAGGCAUCUAGUCACUUCUUUGAAUAAAUCAGAUGAUGGAACGCAGAAUGUUCCAAUGGAUGCAGCAGUACAAGUGCUACAUGUAGAACGCAUAAUACCUAAAUUUAUUUAUCAUCCCAAUUUGACCAUAGAACCGGAAUCCGUUCUACCAACUGAAGCUUCUGAUUUGGUUCCUAAACCGGACCAUAAUUCUUCUGCUCAGCCUGUGGAUUUGACGGAAGAAAAUUAUUCAAGUCAGGCUUCCAAAUCGAUUGUGGUACAACAGGAAACCGGAAACGAAGAGUCUCACAGUUUAACCUUAAAGGAGGAGGAACAGAAGUCUGAACUUGUUAUUUCCACCCAAGUUGUCGCCCAAAAUCAAACUCCCGAAUUGGAGAAGCAAUCUGGAGCCACUCCAUUACCACAGCAGAACUUGGGACUCGAAUCCCACGCCAUUGCGGAUAUCAGGAAAGGAAUGGAUCAGUUGCAACUCGCUGAUCCAAUGCCCGAUCUGCUGCCCGAGGCACCCUUGACCACUUCUAUUCCUGAGCCAACUAAACAGGAACCCAUCACUGGUUCACAAAUUACCAAUCCUCUGAAGGAGAAGAACUCAGAGGCAGCGUCUAUCGGAGAGAAAAUUAUAACAAAUAUACAGCAAACUGUGAAGAAAUCGGAAAAAAUCUCGCCAACGCCAAUGGAAAAUGUUCCUAUAAUACCUCAAGAACCAGUGGUCAACGCGAAUCAGUGGCCACCCUUGGGCAGUCGUUCACGAUCCAAAGCAGCGCCAAAAAGGGAACCUAAUUCAGCGGAAAACACAUUACAACAGCCAGGAUCGAUAAAUUCAUCAAGGUACACGUGCAGGUUGCUUGAAACCCGGAACACCAAUAAAUCUAUGGAACGCAGAGUACCCCCAGCAGGCGAGUCCAAGCGCAAUCUGCCUAAAUAUAAAAGGGAUUUGGUCAUGCAACAAAAGGUUACCGGCCAAAAUGACCAACAAGGUGUAAAGGAAGUCCUUGCUAAGCUCAAAGCAACCGUAACACCUAAUCAGUCGCUCAAUGUUAUAAAGCCGAAAAGGGAUAUGACUUCUUUACCAAAAGGGCUGGAUCCACAAGACAACAAGGAAAAUCAGCCACAGGCAAUAGUAGUCAAACCCGAAACACCCGCAAUUAAUGGUUUGAAAAAUAAAAAUGAUCUAAUUUUCCAAUCCAAACCGAUCCUACGAGAUGUACAGCAAGGUAAAUGCGAGAACCUGUCAAAAGUACCCAAAGUACCUGCACCAGAUACAAAAUCACUCAAUGUACCGAUGACAGAAAAAGAUUUGAUUGCUCAACCAAAGGUGAUCCUUGGAGAUGAUAGGCAGUGUAAGAAAGAAAACCCUUCAAAGCGGACAGUAAGUGAAAUGGAAGUUAAGUCUCCUCAAUCAGAGUCUGUAGCAAGCGUAAAAAGCUCUUCGCAAGUUAAGAAACCUUUGGGCGCACCCCAGGACAAUAAGUCAUCGGAUGUUAAAUUGCCACCCAACAAAAAACUAAUGAUAAAUUCACCAUCAAAGACUAACGACAAACUCAAAGAUUCAGUAACAGAUUCAAAAGGCUCAACGCAAGUUAAAAAACCUUUGAGCGCCUCGCAGGAAAUGCCUUCGCAACAGAUCAUUAUGAAUUCUCCAUCGAACCCUUACCACAAACCCAAGGAACCCGUAACAGAUUCUAGAAGCUCUGCGCAAGUUAAUAAACCCUUAAAAGCACCACAGGAUAAUAGGGAUAACAAGCCAUUGGAAAUAAAGUCUCCCGCGACCAAAAAACCCAUGCUGGAUUCACCACCCAACACUCAGCACAAACCCAAGGAGCCAGCCUCAACAGAUUCAAUGGCACGUACAUCGAACAUGUUCGAGCUCCUGGAGGAGGCGGAUAUGCUUUCAUCAGAGGCCGACGAUGAGGAGGAGCCCGAAAUCAAAACCGAUCCCCAGAGGUCGGGCAAUUUAAAAAGAAAGGAGAAGAGGCGUCUUAAAAAGCAAGAGACAGCUAAAAAGAAUCAACUACGGUCUAACAAGAUGGCUGCCAAAAAGGCGGCAAAAGCUGAAAAAGAAAAACCUGAAGAGGUAAAGCCAAUGCCAAGCAGUGAGUCACUUGUGGAAAGCCUUCUCCAAAGUACAAAGAAACUGAAAAGAAUCGGGAAAAACGGGAAGGGCCUGUGGCGGCUAGCUGAUAUCACCAAGAAGUAUUCAAUACCAGAAAAACUCACUGCAAAAGAUGUAUCGGGAAGUAAACCCAUUGAGCCCCGGCCACCACCAGGUGCUCCUGUGCCCCAGCCUGCGCCACGUCUUCCACGCCCGCCGCCGGCAUCUCCUCGACCGGCACCUGCUGGCAGUUCGGUGCCAAUGGUAGCUAACAAUAAAACACUCAAAUCGCCCAUUAAGCGAAAGAAUGUCGGGUUGAGUACGUUCAUCAAUGCCAUAAGUUUAGCCGCCUUGAAAAAAUCCAAAGUUCCUGAGAAGAAGACAUCAGCCGAUGGGUCCAAGCGUACGGCUGCAAAUGACAGCACUCCAACACUACGUUUGCGACCCCAGAUGCUAGCUAAGGAGAAAGUAAAACCAUGUAAGAGCACAUCGUCGGUUGAAACAGCACAAAAAACUUUGACGGACGCGGAUCUCAAUCCGUUUAGAAUGCUAGCAGCGUUAGGAUUCCCACAAGGCCUUGAAGUUGCAACAGCUCAAAUGCAACUAUCCAAUUCUGGAGCUCAAGAAAGUACUUUGCAAAAUGAUAACGAUAUCAAGUCGUCGGUUGAAGCAGCACCAGAAGCCUCUGAGAAGGUGGAUCUAAAUCCUUUUAGAAGCAGAGCACCAGUUUUAAACCAACUGCUGGAUUCUAAAGCUCAAGAAAGUAGAUUGUUGCAGGCAAAUAUAAAGCACAAAAUCAAUGAACUUUUUCUUCUUCCCCAAAGGAUUCCCGGCCUUGAGGAACCCAUCCCUGAAACUUAUGAUGUGCGAAAGCCUCCUGAAGUCAGAGACACCCGAUCCAAGAUUCGGAAACAGUGGAGACAAAAGGAUAAACUUGACAGGAGACACUGGCCAUUCAUAACUGCGGUGGAGCUGAAGGAAAAUCGUAUCCGGUUUUGAAUCGAAUAUUCGAUCUUUCUCCAGUAAUACUAAACGGCAAAGGAUUAUAACAUAAGUGACUAUUCGAAUGCACUAAAAUCGAAAUCAUAUUUCAAUACGUACUGCAAUAAUUAUGGUAUGAUAUGAUUUUUAUUUAUGUGAUCAGGCUUAUUGCCAAAACGAACUAUAAGUUAUAGUGACAUGUUCGAUGCUAGUCUAUAUUUUUAAAUAUUGUAUACACUCAUUGUAUGAUUCACAAUCAUUAUAACAAUACAAAACUAACAGAACUGCCUAAUUCAUUUUUCAACGGACUGUAAAUAACACAUGUAAAAUGUUAUAUGCUGCCACUAAUAAAAUGUUACGUUAACUAAACCUGGUGUACUAAUCCUUUAAAAUAAUAACCCCUGCUGG